GAAAACGCUGAGAGUCAGAAAGACCAGGGCGGGUGUCUCCGCGUGUGUGUGUGUGUGUGUGUGUGGUUUUUUUUACCUUACCGCAGUGUCGGCACUUUUUUUUCCUUCCCCCUGCACUGCACCGCUCUGCGGAUCGCCCCGGGCUGCUGUCGGCGCAUGCGCAUUGCGAUGAGAUAACCAGCCGGUCGCGGGACUUCCCUCUUCCAUCCAUCCUCCCUUUUUUAUUUCUUUUUAUAUCAUUAAUUUCGAAUAAGCUAACAGGCUGCGAUCUCAUCUGCAGGACCUAUGGUUUCCGAUUUGUCUCAGAUCUAGUAGAUCUAAUAGCGCAGAUCCCAGUGAUCCCUUUGAAUAGCUCUCCAAUUGCCGGCACUUCAUUCCCUUUUAGUGUGCGUGUGCGCGCCCGUGUGUGUGUGUGUGUGCGCGCCUGUGUGUGUGUGUGUGUGCGCGCGUGUGUGUAUACAUGCGUCUGUGUGUGUGAGCGUCAGGCUUUAGUUGAGUGACCGCACCGUUGUUGCACCAGCAAAAACCCAGCAAAGAAAAUGGCAAAGGAUGGAAGCAAAAGCGGAUGGAAGGAGUUCAUCUGGAACCCCAGGACCCGCGAAUUCUGCGGCAGGACCGCCAGCAGCUGGGGCCUGAUCUUGUUGUUCUACCUGGCCUUCUACAUCUUCCUGGCUGGGUUAUUCAGUGUCACCAUCUAUGUUAUGCUUUUGACCCUCGAUGAUAACAAACCCACCUACCAGGACCGGCUUGCUACACCAGGCAUGAUGAUCAGGCCUACAGGUACAGAUCUGGAGAUCAUCUACAAAAAGGAGGACACAGAGAGCUGGGAAUCACACGUGCAGGCACUGAACAACUUCCUCUCCACCUACAAUGACUCGGUGCAGGAGCAGACCAACGUGGAAUGUACACCAGACAAUUACUUCUUUCAAGAGGACAGUGAUAGCGUGAAGAACAUCCCUAAGCGCUCGUGCCAGUUCAAGCGCUCAAUGCUGGCCGACUGCUCGGGCACGCCUGACCGUUUUUACGGCUACCAGGAAGGCACGCCAUGCAUCAUCAUCAAGCUCAACAGGGUGAUCGGCAUGCUGCCAGGGAAGGAUGGCCUGGCUCCGGCUGUUAGUUGCGGUCCCAAGAAAUACAAAAUCGACCUAGAUGAAUGGGGAGACGACUCGGACAAGAUCGGCGAAGUGGCUUACUUUCCGCCCAAUGGCACCUUCAACCUCAUGUACUUCCCGUAUUACGGCAAGAAAGCACAGGUGAACUACUCUCAACCCCUGGUAGCCGUCAAGUUCCUGAACAUCACACUGAACACCGACGUGAACGUGGAGUGCAAGAUCAGCGGCAUGCGCAUCCAGGCCAACAACGAGCGCGACAAGUUCGCCGGCCGCGUCUCGUUCAAGCUGAGAAUCAACUCAAACAAAUAAUACCAAGGGAGUCCGUCCUGUCCUUCUACGCUCGCGUGUAUACACAUAUACAUCUGCUUCAUACACCACGGAAAAAAAACACCACCACACGGCGAACUACGCAAACGUGUCGAUCGAGCGAAGUCAUCCGAAAAAAAAAAAGAAACUCGUGUCCGUGUGUGUGUGUAUACACUGAGUGUUUCCAAGUAUUACCAGUUUUAUCUGAACAUGAGAAAUCUAUUUAUACUGCAUGACUAUAAUGUAAAAGAAACAUUUGCGACGGAGAGGCGGCAACUUCGCCGUCACGUGACUCGACACGGGGCCGACAUCAAAAUUGUGCAAUAUGAAGAGGAAGGGGGUGUUUAAAAAAAAAUAUUACGUGUAGUUUUCUCGCUAAAACUGUUUUAUGCAUGGCAGGUGUGUGUGCGCGCGCGUGUGUGUGUGUGUGUGUGAAUUUUAUCCUACGCUUACACACUGAUAAUACGUAUAUUUUCUACACUAUAACUUGUACAAGAGUGUAUCACCCUGAAAUCCCUCAAAUAUCAAUCAACACGGUGCUUUGGUACACAUAUAUUAACAUAUAUACAUAUAUAUAUAUAUAUAUAUAUAUGCUAAUUUGACUUCAUGUACACCAGCGGUGGAAAAUACUCGUCUCUGAUUGGCCGGCAGGUGCAAAACGCCACCCCUAAGCGUCUCGAUCCCGUAAAAAUUCACCUUUGGUCUGUUCAUGUUGUGUUAAAAUAUACAACAUUAAGGUAACAAAAAAACGACAACGAAUACGUCACUACUUUUUGCCGACAAAAGAAAAAGCCAUAUAACCCGGUGGAAACUCUAACCGAUGCUAACACUGCUGACGUCACGCACACGUUCUCCAUCCGGCUCGCCUCAUUUCCACGAGGUGCAGCCUUUUCUGCUUAUUUCUAUACAUGAUAAAUGUAUAAAUAAGUCCUAUAUUAUAGUUUUGCAUGUAUAAUGGUGUAUUUGGCGUACUUUCUGUUGUUUGUAUUGAUUUGCACUUGAUCUAGUUUCGGUUGGUUAAUAUGUGUAUGUGUGUGUAUGGAUGUUUUUGGUGUGUGUGCAAUGUGCAUAUAUAGUUAUAUAUGCCACUAAGGGUGUGUGUGGGGGGGUGUGUGUAAGUUUUUCUUUCUUUUAUCCUCAUUUUCUAUUAUAUAUUUUCAGGACCGAGUGAUAGAAAUUGUAGAAAAGUACACAAGUGGAGUGGUUAAGGUUCUGCACAAAAACAACAAAAAUAGAACAGCUUUGCUCGUCGCUUUAUUUUUUCUUUCAGUACUUUUCAGUACUCUGACCUGGGCCGAGACAAACCCUUUUCGCUUUUGUCCCAUUUCCUUUCUGCUCUUUGAUGAACAUAGUGUCCUCUAGCAGAGCAGAUAUUUGUGCCCUCCCUCUACCUGCCAAAUCUCUUAAUCUGAUUGGAUAAUCCGGGACAGGAUGGGCACGGUCAACCCCCCACCACACACACACACACCAAAAAAAUCAUCCCUCCACCUCCUCCCAAAAACCUAUUAGUCACUUCCCAUCCCAUCCCCAUUUUUUAUAUCAAAUUAGAUUUUCAUGCUGUAUCUAUGUUUCCUUUCUUCUUGUUGUGCAAUCUGGCUUUCUUUAUCUUUUUAUCAAUUUUUCUUUCUUCUUAGAACAUAUAAACAUCGUUAGGGUAUUCAUUUGUGUGUGUGUGUGUGUGUGUGUGUGUGUGUGUGUGUGUGGGUGAUGGAUUAUCAAAAUGCUGCUCAGCACCUUUUUUUCCGUGUCUACCUUUACCCCACUUUACUCCACAACACACACACACACCCACCUUCCUCCUGUCAUUCUGGUCAUCACUUAUUGCUGUAUUUGUAUGUGGAUGCUGGAGGCAACUCCUGUGCUCUCUCUCUCUCUCUCUCUCUCUCUCUCUCUCUCUCUCUCUCUCUCUCUCUCUAUCU